CUUGUAUCCAUUCAUACUUAUAUAUUUCCUUAGGUUAAGCCAAUCAAUUCAUGGAGCAUGUUUCUACUGCGUCUGGCAACGCCAACCCUGCUACAGUUUCUGCCAAAAGGGGGACGCAACAAGGUCGCAAAAAGUCUGGGCCCAAAUUCGAACUAUCUGAUGCCCAAAAAUCCGACAUUAAGGAGGCCUUUGAUCUAUUUGACAACGAAGGCACGGGCUACACUGAGGUAAAGGAACUUAAGGUGGCGAUUGGGGCUUUGGGAUUCGAACCAAAAAAAGAGGAGAUUAAAAGGAUGAUAUCCGACAUUGACAAGGAUUGCAGCGGACGUAUUGCGUUCAACGUCUUUCUGCAACUAAUGACUAUAAAGAUGGCGGAAAAAGAUACUAAGGAAGAAAUACUUAAAGCUUUUCGGCUUUCUCAUUCUCAAAAUAUUUUGCAGUGUUAGUCAUUAA